AUGGAUCCCAGAUCUCACCCUUCCCGUCCUCCCUCCACCAGCCUGCCUCCAGGCUCCACGCCUCUGUCCUCGACUCCCAUCUCGAGCAUGCACAUGCCACAAUACUCGAUGCAGCCGCAGUACCCGGUCUCGCAGCCGCAUACGCUGCCUCCUCUGCAGCCGCAUCACCCUCAGUCCCCCGCGCCGCACCACUACAUGGGCCAGCCGUACCGGCCGGAUCUGUCGCGUUAUCCCGCCUCAACUCACGAUGUCUACGGGGCCUCCACGGCCCCUAUGAUGCCGCACACGACUGUCGGCGCACCAGCAGUACCCCCACCUCCCCCGAGCGUGCUCCCGCCCGCAUCCACCGCUCAGAGCUACCCUCAGCCGAUCGCUCCGGCUCCCCCACGCGACCGUCGCCCGGACUUCAAUGGUCUCCCCUCCGGUGCUUUUAGCUAUUCUGAUGGUAAGGGUUGGGGAAUGACACCUGAUGUGAAUGGCGCGAACGGCUCUCCUUACGCCAAGGAACAGCCACGCACGCAGGUCGUGGGCUCUCAGGGCCGCCGUGGCAUCUUGCCUAGCGUCCCGGGCCGCGCGACUCCUGUGACCAACGGUGUCAAUGGCACCGCGAAGAGUACCACCAUCCCGGCCAAGGACGCCGAUGGCAAAUUCCCCUGCCCGCACUGUAAUAAAACUUACCUCCACGCGAAGCACCUGAAGCGCCAUCUCUUGAGACACACCGGUGAUCGCCCCUACAUGUGUGUUCUGUGCAAGGACACCUUCUCCCGCAGUGACAUCUUGAAGCGUCACUUCCAAAAGUGCUCGAUUCGUAGGGGUAACCCGACUGGUGCUACCCACCUGUCGCACCCCCAGGCCCAUCUGAAGCGGUCUCAGCAGCAAGCAGCUGCGGCUGCCGCGGCCAACCCUCCCAAGCCGCUCCAGGAUGAAGUCAGUAAUACUGUCCCCCACUCCAAUGGUGUUAUGGGUGCGCAUUUCGAUGGGGCCGUAAAUGGCAAUGGAAUGGCCGCUGGUCGUCCAGCCUACACGGAUCAGCAGCCGCUUGGCUUCACGAUGCAGUCUGUCAACGGCAUGAACCGUGGUCCCGGUGACGACGCGUUCUCCGCUAGCCAGGCGCAAGCGCGAGCCUCGUGGAUGGCUGCGCCCAAACAGAAUCCGUACCUCAUGCAGCCCGGUGUAGAUGCCCAUGGCCAGCAGCUGACGGUUGAUCGUCCCCUUGAACAGCACGGCGCCUCGGAUGGCUACAUCAACCCCGUUUUCCCCCACUCCAUGGCCGCGGGCCAGGAGUCCAUCCACGCUCCCGUCGACCACGACCGCAAGUACUACCCCGCCACCACUGCCCCUGAGAGCGGCAUGAACGGUCUGUACCUUGCCUCGACCACCAUGGGUGGUGACGGCACCGUGCAGCCCGCGAGACAGUAG